CUUCUAAACAUUAUCAGAUUUUCAUUCACAUUCUGUGUGUGCUUUCAUAGACCAACUUAAUCAUGGCAGCUUAUGCAGCCCUUGCUUCACUCAUGCAUAUCAUAGAUACCCUCAAGAAACAUCCUUCACCUCCCAUAUCAAUCGAUCAAAAACAAGUUGAAUCUCUCACUCAAAAUGUUGCGCUCAUGCAAGAGUUUCUUGAUGGUUAUAUGUCCCCUGUUGUUGCUGAUGGCCAUGAAGCUGAUCCACUGGAGCGUCGUAUUGCCGAUGCAGUUUAUGCAGCUGAAGACCUUAUUGAAUCCAAAAUCGUGGCUCAAACUCAUCCACCACGCACACUAUACAUUGUGCUUCAAAUACGUAGGAUGAGGAUGAGUUUAAUUAACUUAUUUCGAGCUGCAUAUACAUAUGCAACCACAACCGCAACCGCAACCGCAGCCGCAAUCGCCAUUGCAAUCGCAAACGCAGUCACCUACGCAAUUACAGCCGGAAUUGUCUUCACAGUCACAGCCACAUCCGCGAUUGCAACAAUCAUAUGCACAUUCGCCUUUGCAAUUCUAAGCUUAAACCCAAUCGCAAUAGUACUCGCAAUAGUACUCGCAAUCUUAAUCGCCGCAUCCUCAAUCGCAAUCUGCAUUGCAAUCGCAGCCGCAGUAGCAGUCAUGGCCAUCGUAACCGCAAUCACAGCCGUAGCCGCAACAGUAACUGCUGCUGCAGCCUCAAUUGCAGUCGCAAUUGCGUUCGCUUUCGCCAUUGCUAUCGCCAUCGCAAAGGUAGUUGAAAUCGCAAUUGCAACCAUAACCGCAACCCCAAGGGUGAUCGAAACCGCGAUCAUUGCGACUGCUACCAAAACUUCAAGGGUGAUCGGAAACGCGAUCAUUGCCACCACAACUGCAACCGCAACCGCUCAGGAAUUUCUUUAUGGUUAUAUUUCCCCUGUUUCCGAUAGCCAUGAAGGUGCUGAUCCAUCGGAGCGUCUCACUGCUGAUGUAGCAGCUGAGGAUGAUAUUGAAUCCCAAAUUGUGGUCCAACCAACGAUCAUUGAGGAUCGUGACUUCCAUCAAAAUCUGCAGAAAGUGAUAGAAGAAAUGAAUCAGAUCGUAGAGAUGAUGGCAGUCGAAGGUCAGCUGCAGCAAAAGCCCGUUGCUGCCUUGCCUUCUUCUUCCACUGUGAAGGAAAACAUUAUGGUUCCCGUUGAUACCACCUUGUCCUUGGCGUCUUCUUCCGCCUUGCCCUUGACGUCUUCUUCCACUGUGAAGAAAAAUGGGAUGGUGGGUUUCGACCAAGUGUUUACUCAAGUCUUGAAUAAGCUCACUGAAGAUAAGCAUACCCGCCAAAUCAUUCCCAUCACGGGGAUGGGCGGAAUUGGUAAGACCACACUUGCCAAAAAUCUAUUUGAACAUGCAUUUGUUAAGGGGCAUUUUGAAGUUCGUGCUUUGACCAUAAUUUCUCAAACUUAUAGUGUUAGUGAAAUACUUAGAGAAGUUUAUAUUCAAGCAAGUCAAGAUUCGGAUAAUUUGACUGGUUUGGGUGAUAAUGAAUUGGGAGAUAGAUUAUACAAGUUUUUAUAUGAUAAGAGGUAUCUUAUAAUAUUGGAUGAUAUGUGGAGCAUAGAUGUGUGGAACAAGAUCAAAGUUUUUUUCCUUGAUAACAAGAAUGGGAGUCGAAUAAUCAUAACAACUAGGUUGUCAAACUUGUGUACUCAGUUGAAUGAGUCUUACAAAGUUGUUAUGAAAUUUCUGGAUGAGCCUAGUAGUUGGAAAUUGUUUCUUAAUACUGUGUUUGGAGAAGAAAAUUGUCCUGUUGAAUUUGAGAAUAUCGGUAAAAUUAUUGUAGCAAAUUGUAAAGGACUUCCUUUAUCAAUUGUUACGAUAGGAGGUCUUUUGGCAAAUUCAGAGCGCAAGAUAGAAUAUUGGGAGGAUAUAGAGCGAAAUUUAAACUCAAUUGUUUUUACUAAUAAUGAUGAACUUUGCUUGAAAACAUUGAGGAUGAGCUAUAUUUAUCUGCCCAACUAUUUGAAGCCAUGUUUUUUGUACAUGGGUAUGUUUUGGGAAGAUCGUAGUAUCCGUGUGUCAGUGCUCAAAAGAGUAUGGGUUUCUGAAGGAUUUUUAAAACCAAGGAGUGGGAAAUGUUUGGAAAUAAUUGCGCAAGAGAACUUUAAGGAGUUGGUUGAUAGAAAUCUCAUUUUGAUUGAUAAGUUGGGGUCUACUGGAAAUGUAAAGUUUUGUAAAAUUCAUGACUUGUUAAGAGAUUUGUGUUUGAAAGAAGUUGAAAAGGAGAGAUUUUAUCAUGUCGUAGGAGAUGAUCCUCCAGCCAUAAAUAGUGAACGUCGGGUUGUUUUUUCAAAGCGCAGAUCAGGGGUGUCAAUAGGUAAAGUCUUGGGAUCCUUGUCACAUGCUCGUUCCUUAAUAGAGUGGAAUGGGGAUGGACAAUUUUGGCUGCCUCAUAAUCUUAGAUUGUUGAGGACAUUACACACAUCUUGUGUAUCUGCUUUCCUAGAUAAUGUGUUUGAAUUGGUGAACGCACGGCACCUUGUUGUUAGAGUUAAUAACAACUCCAAAUUCCCUUCUUCGAUUAGUUUGCCUUGGAAUCUACACACACUGAUUAUACGUUGUUGGGGUACUCUUACUGCACCGAUUGAAAUUUGGGAAUUGCAUCAACUUCGACAUCUUGAGUUUGCGCACCGCGAAAUGCUUCUCCCAGAUCCUCCUAGUGGCGGCAAAGACGUUGUUAUUAUGGAGAAUCUGCAUACACUCAAAGGAGUUGUUAAUUUGUUUUUGAAUGAAGAGGUGGUUAGAAGAAUUCCUAAUGUAAAGAAAUUGCAUGUAAGCUACGAGGGAAAACAAAUGGAGGAGAAAAACUCUCUCAAGUAUCUUCAGUGUCUGGAUAAAUUGGAAAACUUUCGUUGCACCACCAGAUGUUAUGAGUAUUUGCAAAGGAUUAGGUUCCCAAACUCUCUCAAGAAGUUAUCUGUUAUUACAUCUGAUGGUCUUGUGUUAGAAGACAUAAUGCCAAAAAUCGGCUCAUUACCCCUUCUUGAGAAGUUUUCAUUAUUCGGCGGUCACUUCAGGACAGGCAUGUUGAUAACAACUGAAAGCCAAUUCCCAAGCCUCAAGUUUCUAGAAUUGGAGGAGUGUAAAAGCUUAAAACAUUGGAUUAUAUCAGACAACUCCUCCUUUCCACUUCUCCAGAAGCUUAGUCUCGUCAAGUUAGACAAACUGAAGGUGAUCCCAUCAGAAGUUGGAGAAAUAGCAACGCUCAAAUUAAUAGAUGUGGAAUAUUGCACUGAAUCAUUGGUAAAGUCAGCUAAAAAGAUAGUAGAGGAUCAAAAGGAGGAGUUAGGUGGAGACCAACUGGACUUUCAUGUUCGAGCUAUAGUUCAGAAGGAACACAAAGCACUGAAAAACUUAAAGAGUGCCAACUUUGAAGUUGAAGUGGGAUAUCUUUUCGGUGAGAUGCCAGAUGCCCCCGAACUAAUGCCGUAUAACCUACAAAAUGUUUAUGUGCCAAGGAAUCACUGGACAUAAAGUUUAUGUGUUCCUUGAAAACUAAGCGAGCUUCAUCAUUUCCACAUAUUCACACUUCAAACAAAAGGGAUGGACAUGUGCAGUAGCAAAUUUACAAGAGGACAUCCGAGGAGAAGAUCUUCCCUUUGAUGUUGAGGUUUAAUGUCUUUCAUAAGAAUGAAGUUCUGUUGGAGUAUAUUCUUGUGUAUUCAUUUUAUUUUUCUAAUUGGUUACUUGAAAUUGUUGAACUUGAAUGGCCAAACUUCAUGAAUUCCCCAACAGCAUCGUGGGUUUUAUAGAGAUAUAUAACCCUUUAUUUAUAUUUGUCUUCAACCCAAACUCUAGUGGAAAUUUACAACUCUCUCUGAUGAACUGUUUUGCAAAAGAAAAUAUACUUGGAAAAUAGAAAGAUGUUUUGAGAAAAGCUAUCUGUUUGUUCCAGUUUCAAAUUAUUAUAUUGUGUGAAGGACGACUAUGUUGUAUUAUGUGCGUUGCCUUAGUGGCAGAGUGGUUGAUGUCAAAGAUCUCGAGUUCAAGUCCAUUGUGAAAUGACUUUUAAAUUUUUGUUCAUUUGUCAAUAAAAAAAGAGAGGAUUAGUGUGCCUUAAUUGUAUUAACUCGUCCUUUUGACAUGUGAGUAUGGUAAAUUAGAUGAGCAAAUCUCUAUGAAGCAACAUGAAGGCUUUGAAGUUAAAGGUAUGUUUCCUGAUGAAAUUAUUGAAGUAGUCUCAAUGACAUUGGUAGUUUGAUUAUUUCAUGUUGGGUUAUGGUAUCUCUAGGAGUAAGAGUGAUAAUUGGGUUUACUUCUAGAAGUUGGAUGACAAUUCAUUAAUUUAUUUGUUGUUAUAUGUUGAUAACAUUUUCAUUGCGGCUAAAAAUCAUGCAAAAAUUCACCAGUAGAAGGCUUUGCUAAGUGGUGGAUUUGAGAUGAAAGAUUUGGUGCAAGUGAUAGGGGUCUCGACCACGACCCCCAACAACCACCGUAAGUGCCUACGGCUGAGACCAAAGUGGAAUUAGUGCAGACGACUGCUGAGGCCGAGGAGGAAGGAGUGCACACAGUGCAAAGUGGAUAAGAGAGACAAGGAGAAGCUGACAUUCGCCCAGAACGAGCCUAAGGCCCAGGAGAAGGACGAAGAGGCCUGAGAGAUACAAAGAUUACAAGCGCUACAUAUACAUCAAUAUUUUUUUCUCUUUAUUUUGUUUCUUUUUUGAGAAUUGUCCAUAUAGGGUUCGUAUAGAUUUUUAUUAUAUCUUUUCGGGUUUUCUUCUUGAUUCUUUCCCGAAUCGUAAAGUCGAAUCAAGCAGGGUCCGGAUUCUAUAAAUACUAGAGUCCAUUAGAGAGUCAAAACUCAAGAAUUAAGAAAUAAAAGAUCUUUUUCUUGAAA